ACAAUUACACUAAUAGCGACAGGAACGUUAUUUAUAGUUUAUAUACAGCAUGCCUGCGGAAUGUUUCGGAUUGUUAGUUAUCGUAUCGAGCAAGCAAUGGCAGUCAAUACUUUGCGAAAAAAGAAACUUCAAAACAAGAAUUCGAUUUACAAGAAAUUAAUUCAUGCUGUAUAUAUGCAUCGUGAAGCUAUGAGAUUUGCAGACUCAUCGGUGUCCAAAUUUAAAGUAAUGUUCGUCAUGUUAAUAAUAGCCGGAAUAAUGAGCGCAAGUCUCAGUGCAUUUAGAAUUUUUCAGGCGCUGACAAUGGACAGCGAUUUUGAAAAACUUUUCAUACCCUUUAUAAUAAUACUUAUUAAUUUUUUAUACGCGGUCAUAGGCAAUUACAUGGCGCAAGAAGUUAUGGAUCACAAUAAUGAUGUGUUUGUUACUGUAUACAACAUUAAAUGGUACACAGCUUCAUUAAAGAUACAAAAAAUGAUACUGUUUUUAUUGCAAAGAGGUACCAAGGUUUUUAAUCUAAAUAUUGCUGGAUUGUUUGUGGGAUCAUUGGAAGGUGCAGCUACGUUGUUGAGUACCGCAAUAUCAUAUUUUACUGUGCUUUACUCUACACGGAUGUAACACAAGAUGUGUUAAUUAAUAAUCUAGUCGAAUGAUAAUAAUAAAAAUUAUUGUUAGAACUAGU